AUGAGUUCGCAGUUGUGUCUAACAUUCCGGCAAUCGCACUGGAUGAGAUUGUUAGUGCACGUCGUUGUGCGAGUGUACUGCGGCGCUGGUGGCUUGACAAGUUGCGUUUUCGUGAUGAAUUCUUUAGCAAGGGCGAAUGCAUUGUUUCGUCCUGAGCCGCCGACCACCUUAUCUCCCCUGCGACGCCCCGCGCCGGCGUCUCGUCCGGAGGCCAGGCUGCUCGGCGGUUCCCCUUGGUCGCUGGUAUCGCCACCGUCGUCGUGCGCGUCGCUGACGCCCCUGCUGGAUUCCAUCGGGCGCUGGCGCCUCCAGGCGCUGGCGCCGCGCGCUGACGCCGCCGCCCUCGCCCCCGGCUCCCCGCGCAAGGCGCCGCCGCCAGGCGUGGGUCGCGGCGGCGGCCNAGGUCAGUGGGAAGGCGACCACUCGCUGCUAGCACAAUGGUCUAUACCCAAAGAAACUGCAGUAGGUUCCCAGCCAAUUCAUUGA